AUGGUUUCGGAGGACACGCGACCUGAGCUUCCCGACGUGGAGAAGGUCUCAGACGCUUGUCGCGAGAAUUCGACCUUAGUCUUGUCAGAAGAACAGGCCCUGGCAAAAGCCCGCAGUAACCCCGAUGACGCACUACCAAUCCUCAUCGGCUACGCGGUAGACGACCUCGACAACCCUCGUAAUUGGCCAAAAUGGCGCAAGUGGUAUAUCACCAUCGUGGUUAGCAUGCUCAAUGUUUUCACAACAUGGUGUGCCGGUGGCAUCUCAUCGGGCGCGACUGGCAUACAAGAGGAAUUUGGGGUCUCAGCGGAGGUGACAACCUUAUGCCUGUCUCUCUAUGUUUUAGGCUACGCCAUCGGCCCUGUGCUUCUCGCUCCUCUCUCGGAAUACUUUGGUCGCCAGCCGGUGUAUGUGGUAUCAUGGUUCUGCUUAUUUAUCUUCCAACUCCCUCUUGCCUUGGCCCCGAACAUUGGCACUAUUCUGGUGUGUCGCUUUAUCGCUGGAUGCGCUGGAGGUGCGCCCUUGACAAACACUGGCGGUAGUAUCAGCGACCUGUGGGAGCGAAAUGAGAGUGGAGGCCCCAUGGCUGUCUAUGGCUUGAGCAGCACCUUUGGUCCUCCCAUGGCGCUGGUAAUCACUGGAUAUAUCGGGCUCAAUCUGGGCUGGCGAUGGAUCUUUUGGGUAUUGAUGGCCAUGACGGGUGGCGUGUGGGUUAUUCUAGUAACCACCAUUCCUGAAACACGCCACACCACCGUGCUCCAGAACAAGGCGAAGCGCGCACGAAAGCAAAUGAAAAAGGAAAAUCUUGGCUCCGCGGAAUCGACUAUGGACCUUCACGCGCACGACCGAAAAGGUCUGCAUGAACUAUUCGCCAUCACACUCACGCGUCCGUUCCGGUUCCUCUUUUCCGAGCCAAUCACAUUGUUCUCUGCCAUUUACAAUGGCUUCUUGUACGGCCUUGUUUAUCUGUUCAACGAAGCGAUCCCCCUUGUCUUCGGUGAGCCCAAAGGGCAUCCGUUCAACACCGGUCAGCAGGGUCUGGCCUUCUUGGGAAUGGCCAUUGGUCCUCUCAUUGCAUUCUGUUUCUAUCCACUUCAGGAGCGAUACUACUUGCGCCGCGUUGCAGAGAAUGGAGGCAAAGGUGUCCCCGAAGCACGUAUGUGGAUGGCGCGCUUGGGAGCAAUCUUGAUCCCUAUUAGUCUGUUCUGGUUUGGCUGGACAAGCUAUCGGUCAGUGCAUUGGAUCGUGCCAAUCAUUGCAUCGUCGUUCUUCGGGGCUGGCAUCUACAUCGUUAUUCUCAGCAUUUUGAACUACGUUGUCGAUAGCUAUCAGACUUAUUCAGCCUCUGCUCUUGCCGGUGUGAUCUUGGUGCGCAAUGUUGUCGGAGCUGGAUUCCCCUUGUUUGCGACUCAGAUGUAUGAGAAGCUAGAUUAUGAAUGGGCUUCGAGCCUGUUGGGUUUCAUUUCAAUCCUGCUGGUGCCAAUCCCAUUCAUCUUCUUCUACAAGGGAAAGGCCAUCCGCCUCCGAAGCCCAUGGGCCAGGGAGCACUUUGAUCAGAACGAGGAUAGCCCGCAUUAG